AUGCACUACUGGAAAGGCCCCAAAAGAACAGGGGACACAUCCAAACUUAAAAUUGAUAGACAAGUGAGAGCCCUCACUUUAGAGCAAGAAUUUCCGCUUACCAUGAUGAAGCUCAGACUUGGUCUGUUCCUCUUUGACCUAGUAUUUAGAUUUGAUAUUUCAGCAUCAGUAACAAGCUCAAUAUUCACCACAUGGGUCAAGUUCCGGGCAAAAGAACUGAAGUGGCUGAUAGUAUUGCCAGACAGAAUAGUUACACACAGGAAUCUUCCUGAUAUGUUUAAGAAGUACUACCCUAAGUGUAGAGUUAUACUGGAUUGCACUGAAAUCUACAUCGAAACACCAUCUGAUUUGGCAGUAGCUGCCCAGUGCUGGUCUGCUUAUAAACAUCAUCACACCAUUAAAUUUCUUGUUGGCAUUACUCCCAAUGGUGCAAUAUCAUUCCUAUCUGAUGUUUAUGGUGGAAGAGCUAGUGACCUAUUUAUUGUUGAAGACUGUGGUUUUGUUAACUACCUACAGCCUCAUGAUCAAGUUAUGGUAGACCGCAGUUUCAAAAUCAAGGAUUUACUUGCAUUUUACCAAUGUUCACUGGCUAUACCUCCCUCAAAACAUGGUAACCUUCAAAUGUCAGGGAAACCUCACUUAUAG